CAAAGCAAUCUCCGUCUCUAUAGAAUAACUCUCUUCGGAGGAACGAGAAAACCUUUCAAUCCUUUCCAGAAAAUCCUUCUUCUUUCACUGAUGAUUUGUUUAAUCUCUUGAAAUUUGCAACAGAAGAAAACCCACAAAGAUUUCGAAUCGGAGCUCCGGCGACCUUUCGGGUUUGACCCUCUUAAACAGCGGGUUUCUUCGAAAACGGAACUAUAUUUGCAGAUAUUUGAGGUACCAUGGCUGAGAUGGAUCUUCUUUUGAUAAUCAAAAGUGUACCAUCCCUGAUUGAACAAUUGGGGAAGGCAUUAAAUGAUCUUGAAUCUCACGAAGAUGCCUCCAUGGAUAAGGGUUUACUCAAGGAUAUUGAAAGACACUUCCGGGAUCUGGAGGCCUCAGCAGUGAACAAAUCUUUGGAACUGGAAAGUAGAGAGAAAGCCUUUAAGGAACAAGAAUCUGAUGCACAUCUGCUGAUUACUUCACGAGAGGCAGAUAUAGCUGCUAGGGAGCAAAAUUUGUGGGAUCAGUUGCAGGAACUUAAAGAUGCUGCAGUUUCUGCAAUUGCUGCAGCACGGGGAGAUCAUCAAUUGGCAUCUUUAGAGCAUACAGAUAUAGAGGACAGCAAAGACAUUGAGGUAAACAGCUCUCUUGGUGGAACAAAUGGACUUCAUACUGGCUCAGAGGUAAAAUCCUCUGGUAGAGCUGGUGAAAAUGCUGAUGGUGUUUCUGACAAGGUCAAACCUCGACCAGAACUGACACAAUUAUGUGAGAAGAUGGAUGCAGAAGGACUUCUGCAUUAUAUCAUGGAGAGUAAAAAGAGUAUGACCUCAAUUUCUGAGGAACUCUCCGUUGCCCUUGAAGGUGCAAGUGAACCAGGCCGUUUGGUACUGGCUUCACUUGAGUUCUUCUACUCUAAUGAUGAAUCUAACUCUAAAGCUGAGGAAAGCAGAAAUGCUAACCAUAGCUUGCGUCAAGCCUGCGUUGUUUGUAUGGAAGCCAUAGCCACCUUGUUGGCGAAAGCUAAACCAGGUGCUGAUCACCUUCUGUACCCAGAAAUUAAGCAGCAAGCCAAGGUCAUUGCUGAUGAAUGGAAGCCUAAGUUGGCUACUGCAGGCACUGAUGCUGCCAAUCAAGCUUCAUUGGAAACCGGGGCAUUUUUGCAGCUCCUUGCAACUUUUAGGAUUGCUUCAGAGUUUGAUGAAGAAGAGCUCUGCAAGUUUGUUCUUGCAGUGGCUCACAAUAGGCAGGGGCCUGAGCUCUGCCGUUCUCUUGGCUUAGCAGACAAAAUGCCAGGUAUCAUUGAAGCAUUGAUUCAUAAUGAGAAGCAAAUCGAUGCUGCUCGUUUUAUUCAUACCUUCAAGCUGACUGAAAGAUUCCCCCUUGUCCCGCUCCUGAAAGGCUAUUUGAGGGACUUGAGACGUAACGCACAAGGGAAGGGAGGUAACUCGGGAAACAGAGAGGAACUUGCAGCUGUUAGGGCAGUGGUACGGUGUAUUAGAGAUUACAAGCUUGAAGCAGAAUAUCCACUUGAUCCACUACAAAGAAGGGUUGGUCAGCUGGAAAAAGCCAUUUCUAAUGACAAAUCCAAGUCUAAUGAUAAGAGAAGACAUUCUGGAUCAGCUAAACAUCAGCAAUUCAAGAAACCACGGCCAAGUGGAGGAACACAUGGAUCUACCAGACCUGCUAACGUUCCUAGCAGACAGCCCCCCUCUGUUUUAAUAGAGAGAGUGGCCGCUUAUAAUCCAAGCAGACAGGUCCCCUCUGGUUUAGUUGAGAGAGCAACUUAUGCAGGAUUGUCCGAUAAGUACACUCAUCUUAGUACAUCUUAUGAUUAUCAAGCUCCAAGUCAGGCUGCAUAUCCCCAGCAAUCCUAUGAGCAGAGAUCAUAUUACUAUCCAGCUGAUGACGGAACUACUGCAACUUCUUAUGCACCUUCUCUGCCAUAUAGUUAUGGAAAUUACGCAGGCAGCGGAAUGCCAGUAGCAGAUGAGAGAAUUACUGCAAAUUCUUAUACAACAGAUCUGUCAUCUAGCUAUGGCAAUUAUGUGCCAACAGCACAUCAAUCCUACGUGCAGAAGGAGUAGUACUGAGCUUUUAUUUGUAGUAACAGGUUUUUCUUGGAAAGACAUGGUAGAUGACUAUCCUGAUAAUUUGCUUUCCAUGAUAACACUUUUGGCUUGAGUAAGUGCCUAUCUUUCACCAGUAUUUCUUUAUCUGUGAUCCUUAAACUGUUUAUCGUAGAAUUACAUUAUGUAGGGACAUCCUCAACUUAUGUUUCUAAAUUUUAGUUCAUAAGUAGAAGUGGUAAAGUGGUGUUGCCAUUGAUUUGGAUUUUA